GCGAGCGGGAAAAAGAAACAGCAACAGCUCUUUCAAAUAUGGUUUCCAUGAUUACGGGAAACUAGCGAAAGUAUGUGAAGGCGUAAUUAACUUUUUUUCUUUCUUUUUAAAAAUUUAAAAAAAAAAUCGAAAGAAGAAUAUAUCGUUUCGUGAAAUUAAAGAUUUUUUAAAGGAAAGCCAAGAGUGACCAUGGUCAUGGAGGCAGCCGACACCCGAUUCGCGCAUCUGCUGCAGCCCAUCAGGGACCUGACCAAGAACUGGGAGGUGGAUGUGGCUUCGCAGCUCGCAGAGUACCUGGAUGAGUUGGACAAGAUCUGCAUUUCUUUUGAUGAAGGGAAAACUACCAUGAACUUUGCAGAAGCUGCACUGCUUAUUCAGAGUUCUGCCUCUAUUUACAGUAAGAAGGUUGAAUACCUUUACUCCUUGGUAUACCAGGCUCUGGAUCUCAUCUCAAAGAAAAAACGAGACCAGCAGCCGUCAUCAGUCAGACAAGAUGGUGGCGAUAAUGAUGUCACAUUUGGCAACAAAAAAGAUAAAGUGGAGUUUUUGACCCUGGAUGACAUCAGUGUGAUGAACUCACCAAAUGCUGAGAUGAAAAAAGAUACUGUUGAUGGUCUGGCGAUAAUAAGCCUUACACCUGGACCUCUUAUACCUGCUGAAGAACAAGACAAAAGGAAAAACCCUCUUUACAGCUGUUCUGGUGAGGUGCUGGCUAGCUGCAAGGACUUUCGCAUCAAUAACUUCACCCCUCACUCCAGUGGAAUCAUUCGGCUCGACUCCUCCUCCACACCAUCACAGUUUUUAAAGGACUUGGCUGCCAGACAGCCAGCCUUUGCCUUAGAUGUCUCCAGUACUGUCCCUGUGGAUUUUAACUGCCAUGGUGUUCCCUUACCACCUCUCUGUCUGUCUGAAGCACCAGAUGGAGAUGGCAGCAUUGAGGUACAGGAUGCUGCUAAUGAGGAUGGUGCCUUUCUGCCUCUGGAGGAUGGUGGCAUGGAGUCGGAGCAGGUUAUGGUACAUGUGGACAGACACCAGACCACUCAUGAGAGACGUGUCUUGAGGGAACAACCAGAAGCCCAGCGUACACCAGAUGAGUAUAAGGAACUUCCUGAUCCUUGGAGAUGGUUAGACCCUUAUUCAGCAUUUGGGGAUAAGCAUAUCAAAACAGGAAAGCAUUUUACCAUCCCUCGAGGAGUGCAGGACAUAUCUGGAAACAAACGAAAACGAAAGGCACUCUCCAAGCUUCAAGACUUCACCAGCUGGUUCAAUGGCACAUUGUCAGAAGCAUCCAACCGUAAGCCAAAGAGAGGACCUACCUUUGCAGGGCUCGAGGAUCUCUACUGGAGUUGCAUGAAGGAAAGGUUGAAAAUGCAGAGGACCUUCCACAGAAAAGCAGGUAUAGUUUCAUGUCGUGACACAUUCAUGGAGAAGAGUUUGGAACUUGGAGGUGCUGAGAGGCAAGCAGAGGAGGAGGAAGCACAGCCUGAGGCCUUCCGGGACAACAAUGCUGUUGAUGAUCUCUCAGAUCAUGACAUGUAUCCAGAUGAGGCCCCUUUCCAAGACUUGGAGCAACAGGAUCUCUUAACAGCUUCUCAGACAGACAGGAUGAGCUAUGAGGACUUGGUCAGGAAGAAUGUGGAGCUUUUUCUGGUGAACUCCCAGAAGUAUGCACAGGAGACAGUGCUGUCACGUCGAGUGAAGGACUGGGAGGAGAAAAUAAGCCCUCAGCUUAAGCUGCAGGAAGAGAGGCUGGUAUUCAACAUUCAUGAUUACGGGAACCAGGUGGUGGACACGUUCAGCAGCAUUGGACAGACACGCUCUUUUGCCUCUGUGGUGCAUGGAAAGGAGAGUCAUGAGGUGUGCCGGUACUUGCUGGCUUCUCUGCAGCUGGCAAACGAUUACACCAUAGAGAUCCAUCAAGAGGAGGGGCUGGAAGAGGCCAUUGAUACCAUGACACUCACCCUGCUUAGCAAACAAAGAGCUCACGAAAGGUUCAAGACGUACACAGCCCCCUCCAUUGGUGAUGUACUGUGACUGUUCGUUUCACGAUCUCCUCAGCUUUGCAUCUGAUCUUCACCUGCAGAUUCCUCCAUCUUAACUGGCAGAACAAAGGAAUCGCCAAAGAAUGCAAAAUAUUUCAUGAAAAUGACAGCUAUAAUUAGGUAUAAUAUUUUACAUAAUAAAAUAAAACCUUGAACAGUACUUGAUGCUUUUUGGGGUGUCCCUGGCUCUUUUGUAGCACACUGCGGACAGUUUAUAGGACUGUCAUGCACAGGCACACUUGUUUCCGGUAACUAAGAAUCAGUGCAGGGCUAUGACAAGGAUCCUUUUCGUAUGACGUAGUGCCAGGAUGAGAAUGACUUUGUAUAGGACAAAGUUCCAUGUCUGCCUGAGGUCAAAAUUAAACUGGGUUUCUUGUCAUAAUGCAGUAUACAUCAUGUUGCUUUUCCCUGUAUACCUUUUAUGUCUCAGUCUAAGUUCUUGUAUAAUACAGAAAUAUGUACUGUAGGAAA